AUGCAAAACUCGGACAUCUUUUUGUGGCAUCGAUCAGAGCGACUAAAUUAAAAAAAAACGGUUUCAGUUCUUCACUUAGCUUGGAAUUUAAAAGAUUAUGUUUAAGCAGACAAGUAGUAUUCUUGCAUAUGUUCUCAUUCUGCAAUUGAGUUACAAGGUAACCAAUGGGAAUGUUAUUUUUCGAUUUGGCUUUGACUUUGGUGCAAACUCGAAGGAGACGUCAUUGCAAACUUCUUUACAAAUAGGAGAUAAAGCUCGAUUCUCCACCAACAAUCAACAAGAAACAUUUACUACAAAUGCCCCCUUUUUAGAUGAUAUUUGGACUCGGCAAGCUAACCUUAAUGCCACCGCUAAUGACAAGCUGCAGCUGACUCAAUUGGCGGUGACACAAUUGAAAAAUGAAUUAAUCGAUGUGGUUGAUCGCAGUGAAUAUCUAACAGCAAAGAUUCAACUGAUGACAGGCUACAUAAGCAAGGUCGAUGUGACAAUGGAAUCCACAGCAGUCAAUCGGUUUAAAAUUCUCCAGCACUUUGUUGAGCUAGUGGAUGAAUUACGCAAACCACCCGAAGAGAAUGUAGGGGGCGAAAAAUCCUUGGAUUAUAUCGUAAUGAAAAUGGGUAUACAGAAGCACAAAUUGGUUGAGUUGCAAACUGAAAUUCUAGUUGAUGUCCUACAAGCUAUGGAAGCCUGGCAAGAAUAUGUCAAGACAAAGAUGAUAGAUGUAACCACAGUUUAAAUUUAGCCAUACUAUUUGAGCAAAUAUGCUUUAAUAUAACUAUCAUAUCCUUAUAACUUACCAAAACGAAAUACAUUUAUAAACACAAUGAA